AUGCCUACCCGAAAGCCCAGCAAGUAUGGGAACAAUAAGUUUCGAUCAGGCGCAGCCUCCUCGAAUCCUAAGCGAACCAAGACUGUCGAAUUCGGAGCCCUACGAUCUACCGAAGCAACUUCACAAGAUGAGAAAUUCGAGGCCAUCCGUUUGGCCAACAGUAUCGAUGAAACCCUCGGCUUCCCACGAUUCGAAUCCGGCGAGACAAGAGCAGGAUGGCUUAUCAACAUGCACAGCACGACGAUAGAGGAUUCAAAUGUGCAGGGAGGUCGUGCUGGUGUCGAUUAUUACUUUCUUCAAGAUGAUGGGGGUAGUUUCAAAGCCACCGUGGAAUAUGACCCGUACUUCCUUCUUGCGGUCAAAAAAGGCUUUGAGAUGGAAGUCGAGGAGUGGUGCCGGAGAUCUUUUGAGGGAUUGAUCAAGAGCUUCAAGCGCAUCGACAAGGAGGAUCUGAACCUCCCCAACCACCUUCUCGGCCACCGAAGGACUUUCAUCCGAUUGAACUUUGCUAAUGUCGGCAACCUACUGGAGGUUCGGAGAGCAAUUCUUCCACUAGCGGAGAAGAAUAAGAAGAACUCCACAAUGAUGGACGCAUAUGUCGAGAUGUCCAGUGCGGCUACAGGCUUCGACCUUUUUGACGACGAAAUACUUAAUGAGCAACGACCUAACGGCAACAUACAAGCGAGUGAUUUUAUAGUUGAUAUCAGAGAAUACGAUGUUCCGUACCACGUUCGAGUGUCAAUCGACAAGAACAUUCGAAUUGGAAAGUGGUAUAAUGUUGAAGCAAAGCACGGUGUGAUAGAAUUGACCUGUCUGGAAGAACGACUUCAGCGUGCGGAUCCUGUUGUCCUCGCCUUUGAUAUCGAAACCACCAAGCUCCCCCUCAAAUUCCCCGACGCCGUAAUUGAUCAAAUCAUGAUGAUUUCAUACAUGAUUGAUGGGCAAGGGUUCCUCAUCACAAACCGAGAAAUCGUCUCCGAGGACAUCAAUGAUUUCGAGUACACGCCGAAACCAGAAUACAGUGGCCCCUUCAUCAUCUUCAACGAGCCAAAUGAGAGAGGCGUAUUGGAGCGUUUCUUUGAGCAUAUCAAGAUCGCCAAACCCACCGUCAUUGCCACUUACAACGGUGACUUUUUCGAUUGGCCGUUCGUCGAAGCGAGAUCCAGUGUCAAUGGAAUCGAUAUGUACAUGGAGAUCGGGUUCAGGAAGAACAGCGAAGACAUCUACCAGGCUGACAACUGUGUUCACAUGGAUUGUUUCGCAUGGGUCAAUCGUGACAGUUAUCUUCCCCAAGGAAGCCGUGGCUUGAAGGCCGUGACAGUCGCGAAACUUGGAUACGAUCCAGACGAACUCGAUCCAGAACUCAUGACCCCCUAUGCAAGCGAGCGGCCCCAAACUCUUGCCGAAUAUUCCGUUUCCGAUGCUGUUGCAACAUACUACCUGUACAUGAAAUAUGUGCAUCCUUUCAUUUUCUCCCUGUGCACCGUGAUUCCUCUUAAUCCUGAUGACACCCUUCGCAAGGGAACUGGAACUUUGUGUGAGAUGCUGCUCAUGGUACAAGCCUACCAGAACGAGAUUGUUCUUCCCAACAAGCACAAAGACCCCCAUGAGUCUUUCUACGAAGGUCACUUGCUCGAAUCACAAACAUAUGUGGGUGGACAUGUCGAAAGUAUUGAGGCCGGCGUUUUUCGAAGUGAUAUUCCCGUUGCUUUCAAUAUCGAUCCAGCAGCCAUUGAUGAGCUUCUGAAUGAUCUUGACCAUGCACUCAAGUUCAGUAUUGAAGUUGAAGAAAAGAAGUCCAUGGAAGAUGUUGCAAAUUUCGAUGAAGUCAAGGCUCAAAUCGCAGAGAAACUUCUCGAACUAAGGAACAACCCCGUUCGAAACGAAGUGCCUUUCAUUUAUCAUUUGGAUGUCGCUUCCAUGUAUCCAAACAUCAUGAUUACCAACCGUUUGCAACCGGAUUCCAUGAUCGACGACUCAAACUGUGCAGCUUGCGAUUUCAAUCGCCCUGGAAAAACUUGCGAUCGACGAAUGCCGUGGGCCUGGCGCGGCGAAUUCUUGCCAGCCAAACGCGACGAGUACAACAUGAUCAAACGUGCGAUAGGGAAUGAAAGAUUCCCCAGCCGAAACAAGAACGGGCUGAUGCGGUCCUUCGGCGAACUCAGCAUUGAGGAACAAGCGGGUAUCGUGAAAAAACGGCUACAAGACUACAGCAAGAAGAUCUACCACAAGAUCCACGACAGCAAGACCAUGGUUCGAGAAGCUAUCAUUUGCCAGCGAGAAAAUCCCUUCUACGUCGAUACGGUGCGCAGCUUCCGUGAUCGACGUUAUGAUUUCAAAGGCCAACAGAAGGUCUGGAAGAACAAAACUGACUCUUUGGUAUCUUCCGGUGCCUCUGCGGCUGAGAUCGACGAAGCUAAGAAGAUGAUUAUCUUGUUCGACUCUCUACAACUCGCCCAUAAGGUUAUUCUGAACAGUUUCUACGGUUAUGUCAUGCGAAAGGGUUCUCGAUGGUAUUCCAUGGAAAUGGCCGGUGUUACUUGCCUGACAGGUGCCCAUAUUAUUCAGAUGGCACGGGAGCUCGUUGAGCGCAUAGGCCGACCCUUGGAAUUGGAUACGGAUGGCAUUUGGUGCAUGCUUCCGGGAAGUUUCCCCGAAAACUUUUCCUUCACGCUCAAAAAUGGGAAGAAGCUCGGCAUUUCGUAUCCUUGUGUCAUGCUGAACCACCUUGUUCACGCAAAAUACACCAAUCACCAGUAUCAAGCUCUUGUUGACACAUCCACCCACAAAUACGAAACCUACAGCGAGAACUCUAUCUUCUUCGAAGUCGACGGACCCUACAGGGCCAUGAUUCUGCCAACUUCAAAGGAGGAGGAUAAGAACUUGAAGAAGCGAUACGCCGUCUUCAACCACGACGGUUCCCUAGCUGAAUUGAAAGGUUUCGAGGUCAAGCGGAGAGGAGAGUUGAAAUUGAUCAAGAUUUUCCAGACCCAGAUCUUCAAGUUCUUUCUGGAGGGAAGCAACCUUGCGGAGACUUAUGCUGCAGUCUCUCGGGUCGCCGAUCGGUGGUUGGACGUGCUUUAUGAGCAUGGUGCGACAUUGGCUGAUGAGGAGUUAAUUGACCUCAUUUCGGAAAACCGAAGCAUGACGAAACCCCUGGAGGAGUACGGCAAUCAGAAAUCAACAUCCAUCACGACAGCCAAACGUUUAGCGGAAUUCCUGGGAGAACAGAUGGUGAAGGAUAAGGGUCUGAACUGCAAGUACAUUAUCUCUGCAAGGCCAAGAAACACGCCCGUCACGGAAAGAGCCAUUCCAGUCACCAUCUUCUCAGCGGAGGAGAAUGUCAAACGAUUCUUCCUGCGAAAGUGGCUCAAGGAUGACCCUGGCGACAUGGAUCCUCGGAAUAUCAUCGACUGGAACUACUACAUUGAGCGUCUGGGCUCGGUGGUGCAAAAACUUAUCACAAUUCCGGCUGCUCUUCAAAAGCUACGCAAUCCGGUGCCUCGUGUUGCCCAUCCCGAUUGGUUGCAACGCCGAAUCAACAUCAAGGACGAUAAAUUUAAGCAAAAGAAGAUGACCGACCUAUUUGUCAAGUCGGAUAAAGCCCCACUUUCAAGCUUAUCUACCAAUAUCUUGGACCAUCGAGUUCAACAUGUCGGGGACAUGGAUGAAGCUAUCGCACAGUCAACCCAGAAGCUUAUAGCAUCCCCCGAGGCAAAAGUGUCACAGAAAAGGAAACAUCCUGAAGGGAUCCCUAAAACAUCCCUUGACCCUUUCGCCAGCCUUCCCGCCGUCAUGCCGUCUAUAUCUGACGACUAUGAAGGGUUCCUCAAAUACCAGAAACAGAAGUGGAAGAUCCAGAAGCAAGCCCGCAUUCGCCGUCGCCAGCUUUUCGGUGAGCGGCCCAGUGCUGCCUCCGACUCAUUGAGCACCUUCUUCCGAAACCAGGCCCAGAUGUUAUACAUCAGUACUUGGCAAGUCCUUCAGCUCUGCGAGACUGACCGGCCGGGAAUUGUUCGGGCCUUCGUACUCAUUGAUCAGAAAAUACAAGCACUCAACGUGAAGGUCCCUCGGCAAUUCUUUGUGAAUCUGAAACGUGAAUCCCUUCCUGAUAUUGAGGUUCCCGACUGUGAAGUUGAAAAGGUCAACCACACUUUACCGAACGGUCAUCCCUCGGUCCAUCUGUUUAAGUUAUCUUUAUCUGAGGAUGUGUUCCUAGAAGAGGCAGACAAAAUGGAUGCUUUGUUCCAGCAUCCCAGCAUCGAGGGCGUCUACGAGCGAAAUAUUCCUGCCAGUAUUCGAGCAGUGCUCAAACUGGGAAGUCAUUGCACCUUCGAUGAAGAGCAGCGUGGUGUACUGGGUGAUGGUCUGGACCGUGGAUUUGAUCUCUCCAACCUGCUUCAUGCUUCCUCCGAUCAGCCUUACUUGCUGAACUCGCCCUUGGCAUAUCAUUACCUGUACCACGUUGCCUCUGGGGAUAGACAGGUCUUUGCCCUCUUUUCAACAACCAAGAAGGAGGCACAUAUCAUCAUUCUCAAUCGCACCAGGGAUGUUCAAGGCCUUCCAAACGUUGAUAAAAUAUACUCGGAACUGCUCACUCGGAAGCUGCAAGACGCCACCGGGGAUCAGUCAUUGAAUGCCUUCGAGUAUCAGGACAAGAUUCAUUUCAAGACAACUCAAGUAAUGACCAGGAGGAAGGCAUAUCUGGAAGUUGGAGAUUUGGUCAAGAAGUUUCGAGCCGACGAGAGCCAGCCGGCUGUUUUGGUCGUUCAGUCCCAGCAGAGGGACCGACUAUGUCAUGACAUUCCUAUUCUAAAGGAAUACCCUGUCCUUUCCGUGAAGCCCGAAAUCUCAGACAUGGAUCUGCCCCCCCUUGGAUGGCAGUCAUUCAUCGCCAGGCGCCUAGUCACACACUACCUAUACUUGUCUGCGUGGAUACAGCAUCUAACCAUGCUUGCCCGUUACGGCGAUGUACCUCUCUGUAACCUCGAGACAGACGACCCUCGAUACUUGAUCGAUAUCUCAUAUGCCCGACGACUUCAAAAAAGCAACGUUGUUCUCUGGUGGUCUCAUGGCCCGCUGCCAGACCAUGCUGGGUAUGAAAAGGACGAUGUCAUGGGAUCACUAGAGAAAGUCAAUAUGCCAUCUGCGAACGCACCAAGUGCGUAUACCACGGUUUGCAUCGAGUUGGACAUUCGCAACCUUGCCAUUAACACAAUUCUCACUUCCUCAAUUGUCAACGAAAUGGAAGGUGGCACUGAUAGCCUCUUGGCUCCCUCCGGAGGCGCUGCAGAUGACUCAGGGGUGCUUUACUCCGAAAAGGCGUUUGCAUCUGCUGGUGCUGUUGUGUUGCGAGAAAUGGUCAAACACUGGUGGACAGAGGCGUGUGCCGGUAAUAGCAUGGCCGACAUCAUGGUUCAACACUUGAUUCGAUGGGUGGAGAGCCCAGUGUCGUGUCUUUAUGACCGUUCCUUGCACAACUAUGUUCGCUUGCUUUCUCGAAAAUCUUUCCAGAGGCUGAUGGCCGAGUUUAGACGAGUUGGUUCGAACGUCAUUUUCGCCAGCCCUACUCGUCUUCUUCUCCAAACGACUAAGACUGAGGUAGGUAACGCCUACGCCUACAGCCAAUAUGUCUUGAAGUCUAUCCGAGGAAAUCCUUCAUUCCACUUCAUCGAUCUCGAAAUCAAGGAAUACUGGGAUUACCUAGUCUGGUAUGAUGAGUACAACUAUGGUGGGAAAGGGUGCCGGGAGGUGGUCGAAGCCGAACACCAAGAACUUGAGACUGUCAUGCAUUGGCAACUCAGUCGGUUCUUACCAACACCCAUGCAGACUAUUUUCCAUGAUUGGGUUGUUGAAUAUAUCGAGCUGAUGCACACGUUGAAGCGACCUGACCUUCAGGAUGCCGAGAUAUCCUCCACUCCUCGCUUGACGCAGAUUCCCCUUACCCAACCUACGGAUAAGGAUAGCGAGGAGCUCUCUGCUGUUCUGGCAGAUCGAUUCUCCAAGCCUCUGAAGAAACAAAUAACUGGUCUCAUUCGUCGCCAGCGUGACGAGAUGCUUCACCCCGAACUUGCGUCUGAUUAUGCUUUCCCUGUUCUUCCUGGUGUUCUGGACGAUCCCAAGGGUCAUAAGCGCAACCCAGCGUUGGAACUGGUGAAACUACUCAUGCAAGUCCUGAGUCUAUCCAAGACAACAACCCUUGAGUCUCGCCUGCUACGCCGCGAACUGCUUGCUCUCUUUGAAGUUCGUGAGUUCAGUAAGGAGGGUCGCUUCGAAAACCCUAGUGCCAACCUGAAACUCCAAGAGCUCACAUGUAACGCGUGCUGUCUCAUCCGUGAUCUCGACCUCUGCCGUGACGAGGACGUGCUCCCAGAUCCUGGUUCGGACGCAAAGACGCCAAAGCCGUGGCGCUGUCCCUUCUGUCAAACCGAAUACGAUCGCCUGGCACAAGAGGAGGUCAUGAUUGGUCAGGUGCAAGGUCUUAUUGUCGAGUGGCAGACACAGGAUCUUAAGUGUUCCAAGUGCAAGAGUCUCAAAAUGAGUGAGUUCUCUGAGCACUGUUCUUGCAGUGGAACGUGGGCCACGACGGUCGAUCGGAAAGAGAUGGAGAAGAAAUUACGGGUGUUGCAAAGUGCAGCCAAGUUCCACAGCCUGCAACUGCUGGAUAAUGUUGUUGAGGGUGUUCUUGCUCAAAUGUAG